AUGUUAGGAGAGGUUCGAUCUGCUUCAUUACAAAUCCUUGUACGCGUAAAUGCAUGGAGUAUGAUUUGUCCGUGUCCCGUUGGUGCCGAGCGAAGUAAUAGAUACAUUGCAGCGUCAGGUGUUGUUCUCUUUCCGUCAAUUGAGUUGAACGGGCCCGUUGCAUAUUCAUCUGGAUCGGAGACGGAAACGAAAGUUCGAUUGUGUCACGUCGCCGCCGGUGUGACCGGAAGCGAGUCACGGAAAAAAAAUUCAGACGGAGACCACACCGCUUCCCUUCUUGUACCUGUGCCACUCAAUUAUGACUCGACUGCACAUCCCGCCCCUCUUCUCUUCAUUAUUCACCGCAUCCCGCUUUCGGCCUUUGGACGUGGCGACGUUCGAUCUCCUCAAUCAAGUUUUAAAAGAAACGCGAUCGUCGCGCGUUCUCUGGCUCUGAAACCAGACGUUCAUCUCAAUCAAUCGCACGCUAUUGCUAGGUCGUCUACUCUUCCCGGCGCCGCAGCUCACUAG